AUGAAAAAAACACAUCUUCGUGACAUAUAUCGUUAUUACAAUGAGUAUCUUUUUAUACCAUCUAUAGUGAGUCCCAAUGGUUUGUUAUUGCUGUAUCGGCCUAAGGAUAUAACAAAUGAAUGUGCCUUCUCUAGGCAUUUACGGUUUGACAUCUCAUUUGGGAUGGGAAUGUCGGACACAACCACUUUGGUGUUCCGCACGCUAAACGAUAUAGACUACGAAUGUGUAGUCGAAGUCGUGGCAUCGUCACCACAGUAUCUUCUUGUUGUGGUCAGAUACCCAACGACAAUUGCGUUGAAUUGUGCUGUGAACAGAGACGCUUUGACAGUCCUCAAGAGAUGGCGCUGUGUUAGACUCUGUGAUCUUUUGGACAGGGAAGUUUAUUCACCGUAUUUUGUGUUUACAGUCAAGAAUCGGGUCCGAUUUCUCUUCAAGAGUAAUAGUAGUAUCAAUUCAGAUAUUAAUGCGAAUUUCUACCAAGUAACGAUCACGGCAGCUCGUCGCGCUCCAAAAAGUGGUUGUUUUAUGAGAAAUGAGACUAUAUGUACCGUCGACCACAUAGAUUACUGUUUCACUACAGGUGUGGUCUGUGACGGAAUCAAAAAUUGCGGCGUGGAUGACUGGUUCGACGAAAGAAAGUCGAGAUGUAGUCUACCAGUGGAAAAGCUAGGCUAUGCGCCAGUGAUAGCAGUGAUGGCUGCGUUGCUAUGUCUACUCGGAGCUGGUGGUCAUAUUCUUUAUCGUUGCUUACCACCAAAUGCAAAGUCUUUCUUUAUUUUCAAUGCGAAUGAAGAUAACCGUCUUUGUAUCGACCCCGUACUGGUGCCACGAGGUGUGGCACCUGAUAUUGGACCGUUUAAACGGACGUCUAUAAUACCGGCUGUUAGCAGCUUCUCGUCAGAGAGUGACGCAGUUAUAGAAAAUGUACAGGCUAAUGAAUUACAAAAUUUAAGUGAGAUACACGAAGAAGAAGUCGAAAAUCAAUUGGAAACGGUUCUUGAAUCAGAUGAAAUUUCGGAUAUACAUCUGAGUUUGAAAAUGGAACAACCAGAAUUUUCCAGAAAGAGUAAAAUGAAAUCCAUGUCAGAGAAGUUGCAAGGUAAAUUUAGAUCUGUAAAGAAGUAUGCUAUAACGCAAAGGACAAGCCAACAACCGAAUAGAAUUAAUGAUGUUUAA